AUGAUGCCAUUUUACAGCUAUUUGGAAAGGGAUGUGGACUUCAUCCCCCACAACAUGACCAAGAUGCCUAGCACCGUGAAAAACCAGUUCAACGAGUGGACGGAUGACAGAUUUGCACAUGAAAUCGAAAAUGAGCACAAUCAAUCGCUGGGCUCAAAUUUUUACCAUCGGGAGUACCAGCACUACAAUUACCCCGAAAUCACAGCUCCGGCUCCCCGUCGCCCAACCGAUCUCCAGAAUUCGAGCGUCAUUUUGAAGCCACGACAUUUGAAGACGAAAAAUACAUCUUCGAACCAGCAGCACUUCACAAGCUCGGGCCAGGAGAGGUACCCACACGCUCGGCCACUGCAGCUCGAGAUUUCUGGAGAGAGCAGGAGAACCGGAUAUCAUGCAGCUCAUGCUAUCCCCUCCGAAAAAUACCAGAAAUUCGGCGCCCCGGUCUUCACAGCCGAGCUGGAGGUGACGCAACCGGAGUUUGAGCAUGAGUACGAGCACCAAAAACAUUACGAUGGCUACCUGGAGAUGCAGCCCCGGCUCCCUUCCAACAGCUACCUCUAUGAUCCAUCAAACGCCCAGGAAUACCACGGCGAGGGAUCUGUAGAAGCUAGGAGAACAAAGAGCUCGACCCCCUCAAAGCGUUCAAAAUCCGAGCCGAGGUCGAUGAAUGGGUCUUUUAUCGAUGAGACCGCCAUGCGAAAUGUUGGGGAAUCCGGAAAAGUUGUCAGCAUCCCGACGCUGCUCGACGGGUCCGCCCUGAAGAUCAAGCAGUACAAGACGAUACCUUAUUGGUACGAAAAAUCGCUGAGCCGUCAUCAGAGCUGGAAAAACAUUCGUGACCCUUAUAUUGCGCCCAGGACCGGAGCCGACCGAUCAAAGCCCUACUGGGCCGACCGGAGCUGGAUGAGGAAAAAUGUGUGGCAAGAGCAGCUGCGAGGACACCAGAAUAAAAUCGUCCAAAUCACGUCCGACCACUUCCGGGCCGACCCGAACCCGGUGUACGUCUACACUCAUAACAAGUAUACCGCCCAUGGUGGAUGGCCUACGGUAGCCAGUCAUGUCGCCGGCUUCCGUAGCCAACCAAACCUGGAAAGAAGCGGACAGGAAGAGCCCAGAUUCCGCUUCGCCCCUCACAACAAUCAAGAAAAUACCGCAAUCGGGACCAUUGGGACUCGAGUGAGAGUCGAUCAGCAAGAGCGGAAUGUGGAUAUUGGAGCCAGUCAGUGGAGGCACGACGAUCGGAGGUCGAAGAGCCGGUCGAGAAGUGGAUCUGAGAAGCCCGUCUCGGCCGUCCAGCCCGUCCAAG